UCAGGUUUUGAUGAACCAAAAAUAGAGCCCUUAACAAAAAGGUGGUGGAAGGGCUUGGAGGGCAGCAGCUUUUGAUCAUCAAACCCUUUAAUCCAUUAUUCUAAGCCCCAAUGGAUGAAGUAACUGAAGCUACCCCAACUGCCACCCCACGGGUCGUUGCUCCCCCGGCCCAAUUCCACUCCCCGUCUCUAACUCGGUCGCCGCUACUCUCUACCGACGACCGGAUAGAAGCUGCGGCAUGCAAAACUCCGAAAUCGUCUAGCCCCAGACCAAGAUUCAAUAUCACUCCUAUUGGAAGUCCGAUUAGAAGAGCCCUAAACCUAACCAGGCUCGACCCCCAUGACGCUUGGCUUCCGAUCACUGAGUCCAGAAAUGGAAACGCAUUCUAUGCUGCCUUCCAUACGCUUUGCUCUGGGAUCGGAAUCCAAGCCCUUGUGCUUCCUGUAGCCUUCACCAUUCUUGGAUGGGCUGGAGGAAUAAUAAGCUUAACAGUGGCUUUCAUAUGGCAACUUUAUACUCUAUAUUUGAUGGUUCAACUUCAUGAAUCAACAGAAACUGGGUUGCGUUAUAGUAGAUAUCUUCAUCUCUUUAGUGCUUCAUUUGGCAACGGGCUUUCAAGGCUGCUGGCGUUCUUCCCUAUCCUAUACCUAUCGGCGGGAACGUGCGUGGCUCUGAUAAUCAUUGGAGGCUCAACUUCAAAGACAUUCUUCCAAAUUGUAUGCGGAACUAAUUGCAACCCCAAUUCCUUGACUCCCAUUGAGUGGUACUUGGUGUUCACUUGCGUCGCUGUCCUCUUGGCUCAACUCCCAAACUUGAACUCCAUAGCUGGCGUGUCGUUGAUCGGAGCCAUCACCGCAGUCGGCUACUGCACUUUGAUUUGGGUGAUCUCCCUCGUCAAGGGAAGAUUGCCCCACGUCUCUUAUGAUCCGAUAAAACCUCCAACUCAAUUGGAAAGGGCUUUUGCGGCUUUGAAUGCUCUUGGAAUCGUUGCUUUUGCUUUUAGAGGCCACAAUCUCAUCCUUGAGAUUCAGGGAACUAUGCCAUCGAGCGAAAAACACCCGUCGAGAGUGCCAAUGUGGAGAGGGGUGAAGUUUGCAUAUUUGGUUGUAGCCGCUUGUCUCUUUCCUCUCGCUAUUGGAGGCUAUUGGAUCUACGGUGUUAGGAUACCUAGUAAUGGAGGGAUGCUUACAGCUCUAUACGCCUACCAUAGCCGCGACACGUCUCAGUUUCUCAUCGGCUUAACGAGCUUGCUCGUGAUAAUCAAUGCGGUUACCACGUUCCAAAUCUAUGGCAUGCCCAUGUUCGACUCGAUCGAAGCAUGCUACACCAAGAGGAAGAAGCAAGCAUGUCCAUGGUGGCUAAGAAUCAUCUUAAGAACAGCAUUCAGCUUUAUAUGUUUUUUUGUGGCAAUUGCGAUACCGUUUCUGGGGAGCUUGGCGGGGUUGAUCGGAGGCAUUGCAUUGCCAGUGACAUUUGCUUAUCCAUGUUUCAUGUGGUUGAAGAUGAAGAAGCCAAAGAAAUAUGGAAUUGUUUGGUUGGUUAAUUGGGUUUUGGGAGUUUCGGGGAUGGGGCUUAGUUUUGCCAUGAUUGCAGCUGGGAUUUAUGUGGUUAUUAAUACAGGUAUUCAAGCUAGUUUCUUUAAGCCUCACUAAAACAAAACAAAACAAAAAUUUAGAGCCUUAUUAAGUUUAAUUUCCUCUAAUGGAAUAUGGCAUAUGAUAUUAUUUUAGGAUUAUUUGUGCUUUAUAUAUAUAUAUAUAUGGUUUUUUAUUUGUUUUUUGUUCAAUGUUUUCCCAUGUGUAAUAGUGCUGUAAUGUGAAGUGUAAUCAUACAAGUGUUUUCAUUUGUUUAAUUUUUGUGUAGGGAUGAGAUAUUUAUUUAAAGAUGAUCAAUAAUUUGUAGAUUUUUAUUCCCUAUGUUUGGGUGUUCCAAUGUUUCAAUGAGUUUAUAAGCCUUUGUCCGA